CGCGUAGAAUAAAGCUCUUGGGCAAUUCGAGUCUCUCCGCAUUCCGCUUUCAUUCUCGGCGGCACACCAGCGCGAAGAACCGCGCGCCAAACUGGAGUUUCGGUGUGUGCGGCGCGCGAUCAGUGCGCGGAGGUGAUUCCACGGCGCUGGUGUGUGGCAUUGAUAACGGGCUCCGAGCGCGACCACCUGACCUCUCCCACCUGAGACGAUCGCCCGCGAGCCCACUUGGCGCAGUCGUUCGCCAGCACCCGAUGGAAGCGUCCGCGGAAGAGGCUGGCCCGGGCAUUGUCAUCAUCGCGUGUCGCCUGAAUAGCAGACAACUGCGAGUCUGCUGGUGAAAUUGCUGUGUGGCGUGUGGGAAUUUUCCUCCUGGAGAACUAUAUUCACGAGGUGGGGCGCCAUUGAUGGGAGUGCGCGGAGUGUGAGUGCGAAGUGUGAGUGAAGUAAACACACAAGAAAUGGACGCGAAGAGUGCGCGGCGGCGCAGAGCGGCCGCGGAGUCACCCAAGAAGAAUGACCAUAAGUUUCGUCACGACAUCCGCGAGACGAACUCCAGCACAAAUGAGGAGGAGGAGGAGGAGGAUCUGCCCGGCGUGUCCAGCACAGCCGCUCUGACCAAAGAAGUCCCCCAAGGCACGGACAAAGUGCCCGAGAUAUUAAGGCAUUUGCUCAUCAGACUCCCACACAAAUGGCGAAAUGCUCUCGUGCGAUCGAUCUUCGGCUUCGUCAUGAUCUCAUUCUUCUCCCUCAUCAUCUAUCUAGGACCGAUUGGACUCAUUGUUCUGAUCCUGGCGAUUCAGGUGAAGUGCUUCCAGGAGAUCAUCUCCAUCGGCCACUCGGUGUACAGAAUCCACGGCCUGCCCUGGUUCCGCAGUCUGUCGUGGUAUUUCCUGCUCACGACGAAUUACUUCUUCUACGGCGAGAACGUGAUUGACUUCUUCGGCGUGCUGGUGGACAAGGUGGAGUCGCUGCACUUCCUGGUCAAGUACCACAGAUUCCUGUCCUUCAGCCUCUACUGCGUGGGCUUCAUCUGGUUCGUGCUGUCGCUGGUGAAGAAGUACUAUCUGAAGCAGUUCUCCCUGUUCGCCUGGACGCACGUGGCUCUGCUCAUUGUCGUCACGCAGAGCUAUCUCAUCAUCCAGAAUGUCUUCCAGGGCAUCAUCUGGUUCCUGGCGCCCGUCUCCAUGAUCAUCUGCAAUGAUCUCAUGGCGUACUUCUUCGGGCUGCUGUUCGGGCGCACGCCGCUCAUCAAGCUGAGCCCCAAGAAGACCUGGGAGGGCUUCAUUGGCGGCGGAGUGGCGACUGUGGCCUUCGGAGCGUUGCUCUCGUGGUGCCUCUGCCACUCCAGCUACUUCACCUGCCCAGUGGAGUUCGACGAGGCGCUGGGCAGGAUCGUGGUGAGCAGCUGCAAGCGCAGCUACAUGUUCCGGCCGCUGCCGACGGAGGUCUUCGGCUGGCACUUCUCCGUCUUCCCCUUCAUGAUCCACUCGCUGUGGCUCAGCCUGUUCAGCGCCGUGAUCGGACCGUUCGGGGGCUUCUUCGCGUCCGGCUUCAAGCGCGCAUUCAAGAUCAAGGACUUUGGCGACGUGAUUCCCGGCCAUGGCGGCAUCAUGGAUCGCUUCGAUUGCCAAUUCCUCAUGGCCACCUUCGUCAACGUGUACAUCUACAGCUUCAUCCGGACGGCGUCGCCGGCCAAGCUGCUGACGCAGGUCUUCACGCUGAAGCCCGACCAGCAGCUGGACUUCUACCACACACUGAAGGAGCAUCUUCAGCAGCUGGGCGUCCUGUGAAUCCACCUGUAUUACCCUGGUUAUCUGUCUCUGCGGCAGUGUUUGUACAAUUUCUAUUAUAAUUUCGUUCUAAUGUAAAAAGGAUAUUCCGGACCGCGUUGAAGGUCUUCCAAAUUGUGAAUACAUAAAGAGGAGAAUAUAUAAUAUGUUGUGUAUUGUAAAGGAA